GCUAUUAUUGGGUCCGUUCAAAGAAAGUUCCACAUGAACAAUUUGAAGUUGGUAGACGUUUAUUGCUGUACGUUUAAUCAUGGAUGAAUCUUCAAAAUUGUAUGCCACCAACAAUCUGUUUAAUAUGUUCGAAUCUUACUUGUCAAAAAUUGCUUUCCGAUCUGCAAACGACACUGAUAGUUUUUACAUUUGAUAAGAAUAUUCAAUUUGCAAUUAUGGAAGUUUAAGCCCUAAAAGAACAAUCAUGGCAGGCUUGUGCCUGUGAGGCAGAAGACGAGAGGGCUUUCCAGAAGGAUAUGAUAUGCAGAAGGGUUAUUCAGAAGGAAUAAGAAGAAAGCACAUGAACGACAGAUUUCUUAGGAUUCAGCUAAAGCUGGGACUGUACUUUACCAGACCUCCACAUAGUUUAAUUGUCUUGUGAAAAGUUGCAGUAUAUACCUGUAGGUUGUUGAAAUUUGAAACAGACUGGUAUUUGGUAAUUUAAUUCAUAAGCUGUGGAGCUAAGAACCUUGACAAAAACCCAGUGUUUGUGGUAGACUCUUAACAUUUCCAAAGAUGGAUCUGAUUGGAAAGCAAGCACGGUGUUCUGCAUACUGUCGUUGUACAGAACACGCUGAUGAUAUUAUCGCAGUGAUAACACAUGGCACAGCUCACCAAAUCAAGUCCUUCCUGGAGAUCAGGUGUACCAAUGGAGCUCAAGUUUCCGAUAGGUUUGGUCGUAACGCUUUGCAUAUUGCUGCAUCAUGUGGCAAAUUGGAGGUUGUUGAUUGGUUGAUUACACAGAAGCAUGCAGAGCUCAAGUCCAGAGACCUUGAAUCAGGAUGGACAGUACUCCACCGCAGUCUGUUCUAUGGUCAGAUAAACAUUGCUGUGUUGUUAGCUAAUUGUGGUUGCAACCUGUAUAAACAUGAUAUUGAAGGACUUUCUCCACUAGAUCUUGUGAUGAAGGACCAGCCUAGCUAUGUUGAAUACAAUGCAUCAGGGCCAACUGAGUGCUACACAUGGGGAGCUAAUACCAACUUCACCCUCGGGCAUAGUAACCAACAUUCAAGAAAGCACCCAGAACUAGUUGAAGAACUAGUUAAAAAGGGACUCAGUAUCAAACAGAUUGUUAUGUGCAAGUUUCACACAAUAUUUCUGACGCAUUGUGGUAAAGUGUUGACUUGUGGACAUGGACAGGGUGGUAGACUUGGCCUGGAAGAUGAGCAUACCUAUCUUGUACCUCACCUGAUAGAGGGCGUAGCAGAGAUGAAGUGCAUUCAGGUAGCAGCUGGAAGAGACCACAUUGUUUUCUUGUUUGAAGGUGGCUUGGUGUACACUUGUGGUCAGAAUGACUAUCAUCAACUAGGCCUAUCCCUUGGAAUCACUUGUCACAUCCCAAAACCAAUCUCUUUGAAGAAUCUCAAAGGCAAAGUAAUCGUGGGAGUGGCAGCUGGGCGGUUCCAUACUGUUCUCUUCUCUAAUGAUGCAGUCUACACAUUCGGCCUGAAUGCUGGUCAGUUAGGACACCCCAAAGAUGAUAAGUAUCAGUUGUAUCCAAGGCAAGUGACAUCACUACAUCAUAAAGAUGUCAAGAUUUGUGCCCUAGCAACCAGUGAUGCUGCCACCGUGUGUGCCACCACUAAAGGAGAUAUUUACGCCUUGCAUGAGUACCAAUGCAGAAAAAUUGCAUCCAAGUGUUUAAACAUUAAGAAACUUGUAGUGUUUGGUGGGCACUUGGAUUCAGAUAGCGAACAGAGCAUGUUACAAAAACAAGGUGGUGAGGAUCUCCAAGUUGUAGCACUUACUACAUCAGGCACUGUAUUUGUGUGGAAGGUAGCUGACAAAUGUUUAAAGCGAUGUCUCUGGGAUGUCAAGUGUCAGCUGUUUGUAUCUGACGUUACUAUUAAUAAACAAGGUAUCAUCAUCUGUACAACAGAAGGCCAAGGGUUCCUGGGGUUCAUGUCAAAGAAAGGUCAUACAGUGAGAGAUUUAAAACCUAAAGUUGUGCCCUCGACAUCUCCUGAUGCAUUUUCUGUUGCUGUGAGAACUAAACAUGCUGAGAAGGAGGAGGUUGAGCUUGUUCAUCUGGAGAGGAUUCCAUUUAUCCAUAGGGGUGUUCAAGUGGCAUCCGAUAAAUCUGGGAAGAAUUUUGCUUUUCUACAAUCUGAUCCCAAGACAAGCUUGGUUGAAAUUCCACAAGUGAGAGCAUCGGUUAUGACAAAAGAAUUUGCAGCACUUUUCAAAGAAGUGAAUUCCUAUAAUAACAUACAUGAUGUCAUAUUAAAAGUGGGUUCCAGACAGUGGCCAGCCCAUAAGUACAUCCUAUCAACUCGUUCAGAAUACUUCAGGAAACUGUUCCUACAAGAAGUGACAGAAAAGGAAGAUAAAGAUCCAAAGGAUUCAAACAUCCUGAUGCAGGAAUCAUCAGAUGUUGUUGCCCUUGGUCACAUGAUCACGGCUCCGAUACUCGAUCUCCUUCUGCAGUUCAUCUAUGAGGAUCAGUGCGACUUAUUCAAGCCGGAAUUUAAGUAUGUAAGUGAGAGUACAGGUCAGGGUAUGUUUGAACCUAUCAGGUCGCUUGAACCUCAGGAUAUCGCCAUUGAUGCUAAGAAGUCUGCUUAUGCUGUGAAUCAGGAAUUAAAGAAAGCUGGAAAGUCAAAGAAGAAAGAAGGAAGAAAACAGAAGAAAAACCAAGCAAAUGAAGGGAAUGAUGAUCUGGUGUUGCCAGUCAAGCUUCUUCAAAAUGCAGCUAAGCAGUUUAAAGUUUCACAAUUAGUUCAAAGAUUGGAUGGUGUCAAGGUUCAAAAUGGUCAGCUGCACUUCAAGAAGAGCGGUAAGAAGUUAAGUUACAACCGCAAUCGGUGUUCCUAUCUGUCGGAUGUCAUCCUGGAAGCCGAAGGUGGUACUACGUUUCGUUGUCACAAGUGCAUAUUGGUGGCCAGACUGGAGUACUUCAACAGCAUGCUAGCCAGUGAUUGGAUAGAGACUUCAAGCAAAACUGCUUUGAAGCUUCCGAUGCCAAGUGAAGCCUUGAGAGUGAUUCUGGAUUACCUAUACACAGACGAAGCAGCCAAAUUGAGAGAUUGCCAUGAUAUCGAGUUCCUCUGCAAUCUGCUAACUGUUGCAGACCAACUGUUGAUCACAAGACUAAAAGAGCUUUGUGAAGUUGCAAUUACAAGCCUCAUUUCUUUAAAGAAUGCAGCUGAAUUGCUGGAGUUUUCAUCUGUAUACCAAGCUGAUCAGCUUAUGAAGACUUGCCAGCAGUUUAUAUGUCUCAACCUACCAGUGAUGAUAGAAUCGCAAGCCCUAGAUAUCCUCAGUAACCCUGUGAUGGAUGAGCUUACUAAGUCGUAUAAAGAAAUGAUACCGGCAAUGUCAAGAAGAAUCAUUACUCCAUAUGCUGAUGCUCCUGACCUUAGUCUCUUUGACAAAUAUCCAUCAGAAGAUGAUGGGAAUGCAGAGACAUCUGAUAGAAAUGCAGAAGCCCUGGAAGAUUUCCACAUGAUCCAGACCCAGGAGCAAGCAGCACGAAAGGCAAAAGCCCGUAGGAAGUCAAGAAGAGCAAGUACAAGGAAAACAAGUUGUUCCAUUAGUGAAUCUGUUGAUGAAAAAUCGGAAAAUGAAGAUAAGAUGAAGAGUGAUACUUGUGAAAUACAAAAGCAAGAUGGUGGUGUUACUCAGAAUGUAAGACCUACCUCCCCUGAAGUCCCAGUAUCACCAAAUGUGAACACAUCCAUCAUCGAUAGAAAUGAUAAUGUACAAAAGAUGGAUAAUAUUUGUAGUGGUGAUGCAGGAUUUGGUGCACAAGAUUUUAGUGACAGGUCUAAAUCAGACUUGGAGCCAGGCUUAUGGGGUUGGAAGAGCCCUCCACAGAGAGAAAGUCUUGUCAACCCGAAUGGCUUGAGAGAGAUCAUGCAAUUCCAGUCGAAGACAUCACCAGCAUCCAAGAGGACACCAGUAAAGGCUGUUACUCCAUCUGGAAAGAAAUCUCAGAAGCAGAGAAAGAGAGAAAUGCUUUUGAUGUCUCAGAAAACAGAUUCAGUUUCUGCGCAAGAUACAGCAUCAGAACCAGUAGUCUUUGCCUGGGGUAAAGAAGCAGAGCGUGUACCUACCAAGUCUUUUAGGGAACUUCUCAUUGAUGAGGAAAAACAUGCACCCGUCAGUCACCAUGUUCCUAUGGCAACCUCACCACCCACAUCAUCAACUCGUGGAACUGAGAUUCUGAGCUGGGGGCUUGUAAGAAGAUCGAAGCCAAGUUUACAAAUUGAUACACAAGUAUCUACUGAUCCAGCCAACUCUGCUGCACCUGAACAUAUCAAUCCUUGGUUGGCAACAUCUCCGCAGUCACCAGAUGAAGAUGCUGUCAAGUUCUCAGACAUCCUUGAAUCUGAAGAGCAGCAAGAGCUAGAUCUGGACAAGUCUUUACGAAAGUCCUUCUCCCUCAUCCAG